AUGCCUGCUCAGAACCACAGCAUCAUGUCUGAAUUCAUCCUCUUCGGCUUCUCAGCAUUCCCGCACCAGAUGCUGCCUGUUCUCUUCCUGCUGUACCUGCUGAUGUAUCUGUUCACACUCCUGGGGAACCUGCUCAUCAUGGCUGCUAUCUGGACAGAACGCCGACUCCACACACCCAUGUACCUCUUCCUGUGCGCCCUCUCCAUCUCUGAGAUUCUCUUCACUGUGGUCAUCACCCCCCGCAUGUUGGCUGACCUGCUGUCUACCCAUCGAUCCAUCACGUUUACAGCUUGUGCUAACCAGUUGUUUUUCUCCUUCACAUUCGGCUACACUCACUCCUUCUUGCUCAUGGUCAUGGGUUACGACCGCUAUGUGGCCAUCUGCCGCCCCCUGCAUUACCACGUGCUUAUGAGCCUCCGAGGCUGCGCUCGUCUUGUGGCCUGGUCUUGGGCCGGUGGUUCCCUCAUUGGGAUUACAGUGACAUCCAUAAUUUUCCGUCUCGCCUUCUGCGAAUCUAAUGUGAUCCAUCACUUUCUCUGUCAUGUGUUUUCCCUCUUGAAGUUGACCUGUGGAGAAAGCACCGCUUUUGUCUCUAUUGUUGUGAUACUGGUGUGUGUCACACCCCUCAUCGGGUGCCUGGUCUUCAUUGUCCUGUCCUAUAUAUUCAUUGUGGCCGCCAUCUUGAGAAUCACCUCCACUGAGGGCCGGCACAAGACAUUCUCCACGUGUGUGUCCCAUCUCACUGUGGUGAUUGUGCACUAUGGCUUUGCCUCUAUAAUUUACCUCAAGGCCAGGGGACCCCAUUCUCUGUAUGUCGACACCCUCAUGUCCACCACAUAUACAGUCUUUACCCCCUUCCUUAGUCCCAUUAUUUUCAGCCUCAGGAAUAAGGAGCUGAAGAAUGCUAUAAACAAAAGCUUCUCCAGGAAUUUCUGUCAGCAAAGUGCCUAA